AAUGGUUAAAAUCGAAGACUUUAAACUGUCGUGUGAACUGGUUGGCCACAAGCUAGACGUACGAGCCGUAGCCGAAGGUGCUGGCUUCCUUGUUUCCGGUUCGCGUGAUAAAACGGCCAAAGUUUGGCAAGCUUUCGGCAAGCAUUACGAGGACAAGGAAACGCUAAAGAAGCAUACGAACUACGUCGGUGCCGUGCUGGUGAUUGAAUCGAACGGAUGGAUAUGCACCGGGAGUAACGAUGCAACGAUUUGCAUCUUUCAGUACCCGGGAAGUGGUUCCAAUCCAACCGAACCGAUCGGUGUGCUGAAGGGACACACGUCUACGGUGUGUGCGCUGGCAGCGGGCCAUAAUGCGACCACGCUCAUCUCCGGCAGUUGGGAUAAGACGGCCAAAAUCUGGACCAAUGCACCCGGUUCCGGUGCGAACAUAACGCUGGUGGGGCAUGAGGCAGCCGUGUGGGCUGUUGCUUGCCUACCGAACGGGCGGUACAUCUCCGGUUCGGCAGACAAAAACAUUGUCGUGUGGAACGAAAAGGGUGAAAAGCUGGUGGUGCUAAAAGGCCACAAAGACUGUGUGCGAGGCUUGUGCCCGUUGCCGAAGGGAGGUGGAUUUUUAAGCUGCUCGAACGACGCCACCAUCCGGCACUGGAACGAUACGUACGAGUGUGUGAAAGAGUUCCACGGACACAGCAACUACAUCUACACCAUUGGCCGGUCGGAUGCGUGGGGCGAUGAGGUGUUUGUUACCGGGAGUGAGGACAGCACGAUACGCAUGUGGCAUCUGCGGGAAGGUCCGCUCGGCGAAGCGCUUCAAAUGCCGGCCCAAUCCGUGUGGGCCGUUGCGGGGCUAAAAAAUGGUGACCUUGUGGCCGGUACGAGUGAUGCGAUUGUGCGCGUAUUUAGCGCGAACGAAGAACGCGCCGCACCGGAAGCAACGUUGGCCGCGUACCGGGUGGCAGUUGAGGUGCGUCAGUCGGAAUCGGCUAAACAGUUGGGCGGGAUGAAUGUGAACGAUCUGCCGGGUCCGGAAUCGUUGCUGUCCGAGGGUCGUGAUGGACAGACGCGUAUCGUGCGCCAUCCGAAUGGGAAGAUCCUAUGCUACCGGUGGACCAACGGGAAAUGGGACUGUGUCGGUGAUGUGAUGGGUGCGAGCGACGGUGAUACGGGGAAGCAGCUGUACGAAGGCCGCGAGUAUGAUUAUGUGUUUUCGGUCAACCUUUCGGAUGAUGCGCCCAAUCUGAAGCUGCCGUACAAUCGGGGCGAAGAUCCAUGGUUCGUGGCGCAACGGUUCAUCCACAAGCACAAUCUGCCCCAAGCCUACCUUGAUCAGGUUGCUAAUUUUAUCGUGAAAAACUCCGACAGUGCACCGGUGGCCAGUGCGUUAGCGAACAGUUAUUAUGAUCCGUUUACGGGCGGUUCACGGUACGUGCCCGGAUCCUCAGGUGGCCAGUUUCAACCGUCGGCAGCCAAUACCGAUCCGUUUACGGGAGGAUCGAGCUACACGACGCAAACACCGAAUGUGGCGGCCGUUGCACCGAAUGCGAGCGGUGGAGCUGGUGCGGCAAAUAGUGGCAAUUUGGAUCCGUUUACGGGUGGUUCGAGCUAUACGACUGGGUCGACCGAGGUGAAGAAAAGCAACACACACUUCCCGCAGCGGCAUUAUAUUUUGCUUGAAAAUGCUGAUCUUUCGAAGGUGCUGGUUAAGUUGAAAGAACUGAAUGGCAACAUCGAAGAUCAGAGCCUUCGCCUGUCGGACGAAACGCUCAACGAUAUUGUACGGUACGCGUGCGAAGUAAUGACCGUCCGGGAACAGAAUUCGGCUUGCUUAACCGCACUGAAGUUCCUCUACACGACCUGGCCGACGGAGAAACUGUUCCCCAUCAUGGACAUUACGCGACUGAUCGUGCGUGAACCACGUGCCUGUCAGGAACUGUUCGAGGAUGCAUCGUUUAUGGAAACGUUUCUCCAGCACACGAACCAUUUGCCGGCAAACCAGCUAAUGUCUGCCCGAUGCUUUACCAACAUGCUUGCCCACCAGCCGGGACGUAAUGUGGUGGUCGAAAACAUUCGCGCCAUCGUUGAUCGCUUCGGGACGGUACGGGGUAGCGGUGGCGGUUGUAGUGCGAACCUGCAAAUUGCAUUGGCCAGCUUCUAUCUGAAUCUAACCAUGACUCAGCUGGACAAACUGUCGUCGGUGGAAUUUUGCAAGGUGCUUGCCAGUACGACCGGCGAGCUGCUUUGCUGGUUAACGGACAAUGAGGCAACGUACCGUGGGUAUCAAGCGCUUGGCAAUCUGCUAAGCAUCCCCGGUCCGGGCAUGAGUGCGAUCACCGAAACGCUGAAGGCAAACAGUACCCUGACAGACAAGAUACUGUUCAACAUUAGCAGCGAGUUGCCAAACUUUGCAAAGCUAAACGAAUGUGCAAGCUAUCUGUACGAGCUGCUGUUGGUGUGAGGAUAGGGCCAUG